CCAGCAGCUCUGGCCAGCAACCAUGUGGAGACACGGAUCCAUUUCGCACCAUUUCAAAGUUUGAUACGGUUUAGUGCCAUCUUGGGAGCGCGCCAUUGCCGUAGUGUGGCGUUGCGUUUCGGCGAGAUUCGCAUCUCUAGCACCAACUAGCCUCGCGAGGGUGAAAUAAUCGAUCGCGGCAGCGGCAGUCCAAAUGACGGCGAAGAGUGCCUUCCCUCGCCGCCUACGUCAAGUCUCUUGUCUCUUGUUAUGGAACGUGGGCGAGAAAAUGUCGGAAAACAUGAUGUUCAUAUCCUUCAGAUAUUUGCGAGUGUCACUUAGAAAGUAGAAAGGACCGUUGGCGUCGGCAUGGUCGGCAUGUUGGCGAGGGCGGCAGCCUCCACGGUCGUGUCACGCUGUCGACUUCUGCGGACGUGCACGAGGAGGGCCUCAGGCGGCAGCAGCAUGGUACCCGCGGGCGGCGGCGACUGCUGCCCUCGGCAGGACCCCGACAAGGACAUGUGCCUGCUGGACCCGUGCGCCCUGGACCCAGACAGCCCGCAGCCCAGGGUGGUCGUCGUGGGGGCGGGCGUCGCAGGGCUGUCCGCCGCGCAACGCCUGGCCCAGUGCGGCCUCUGCAACGUGACCGUGCUCGAGGCCACGGACAGGCCAGGUGGACGCGUGCACUCGUGCUGGCUGGGGGACUCGGUGGUGGAGCUCGGGGCCCAGUGGCUGUACGGCGGCUGCCCCAACAACUCGGUGUACUCGCUGGCGGCGAGGGAGGGCCUGCUGACGGCCGACUCGCACCAGGACCAAGAUAAGCCGCCCUUGUUCUGCACGAGCGACGGCCGUGCCGUGGAGCCGUGCCUGGCCAGGGCCGCGCACCACACCUUUGCGCUCAUCGAGUCGCAGGCGCGGUCGCUCUUCACCCUCAAGCUCACCAAGCCCACCGGAGCGCUGCUCACGUUCCUGCACAGGCGCAUGCAGCAGGAGGUGCUACGGUACCCGGAGGAGUUACGCUACGACGUGUCCGCCGUCAUGCACGGGCUGGCCAACGACCUGAGGUGCCGCGUCGGCGCCGACCUGGCCAGCGUCAGUGCCGACCACUUCGGCAGCGCCGUCAAGCUGGCCGGCGGCAGCGCCAGACUGCCCAUGGGCUUCGUCGGCGUGCUCGCCCCCCUCCUCAGGGACCUCCCGGAGGAGACAGUGCACUACUGCAAAGUGGUGGAGAAGAUCCAGUGGGGGUCGGGCGUGGGGAAGGCUGGCGGCCGUGCGCGCGUGCGGACGCGGGACGGCGCGGAGCUGGAGGCGGACUACGUGGUGGUGACGGUGCCGCUGGGCGUGCUCAAGAGCACCGCCGAGUCGCUCUUCAGCCCCUCCCUGCCCACCGAGAGGCUGGACGCCAUCCGCGACCUGGGCAACGGUGUCGUCAACAAGAUCUUCCUCGAGUACGCGCACCCCUUCUGGCUGCCCGGUCGCGGGUCCGGGGCGCUGAAGCUCGCCUGGACGCCCGACGAGCUGCUGGCGCGGGCCUCCUGGACCACGGGCAUCGCUGCGCUCGAGGAGGUGCCCGGCAGCCGGGCCGUGCUGUGCGCCUGGGUCGCGGGCGACGAGGCGCGCUGCAUGGAGAACGAGUCCGACGACGCGGUGGCCGAGGCCGUGACGCGGGUACUGCGGCGCUUCACCGGCGACCCCUCCCUGCCGUACCCAGAGACCAUCCUCCGUUCGCGGUGGACGAGCGACCCGUUCUUCCAGGGCUCCGUCAGCUACCUGGGCCUGGAGUCCAACGUCGGCCAGCAGUGCGACCUGAGCGCGCCGCUGCCGUCGCCGUGCGCGGAGACCCCCGAGCCCACACUGCUGUUCGCGGGGGAGGCCACGUGCCCCGGGCACUUCGCCACGGUGCACGGCGCGCGCCUCAGCGGCCUGCGCGAGGCGGAGAGGAUCCUCGCCCUGACAAGGCGGCGGCACCGGCACCAGAGUGCAGGCUGAGAACCAGUUCUUUGCGACUAGGGGCAUGCUCACCCAGUCAAGAAAGACGGCCAGUCAGUUUCGAUUUACUGAAGAUGCAUGUUAGGAUUGAGGAAAACUCAAGUUCUCAGUACAUGGAAUAGGUUUUAUUUUAGGAUGUUGGACAUGCACAACGUAAAAUUGUGCUGAAAUAAAUGAAGGUCAAUAGACCAAUAACACAAAUUACAAAUAUACAAGAAUUAAAGGGUUUCAAAAUAGUAUUACAGGCUUCCACAUAAAACUCCACAUUACACUUCAAGUAAAAAAAAUUCCGAUAAAUAUGAUUAAAAUAGAACAUCCAGUCUCAAAUUUUAGAUGACGGCAUUGACAGUUGGGGCUGCCGCCUUACUCCUGCAGCUUGUAGAUACGGGUG